AAGAGCAUACCGAUCAUGGAUCUAAAGGGUCCACAAGCGUUGGCUGAGAUCUUUGCGCCAGAAGAGCUGGAGCAAGUACCAGCCGGCGUGCAACAAAAAUUUAAGACUUAUCUAGACGGCUUUUUCGAUGAAUAUUGCAAAGAGCGCGCCGCAGCGCAGCGUCUCACUGAGACAGAACAAAAGUAUGAGGAACUGCAGAACCAAAUACUGGACAAUCAAGUGAAGUUUACUAACUUUGAGCAAAAUGUAACAGAGUUGCGCAGCCAGCUGGAUCAAGUGUGUGCCGAACGUGAUCAAUUGCUGGAAUCUGUUAAGAGCCACGAUCAAAAUGUGGGCACGCUGCGCAAGGAGAAGGUGGCCUUCGUGGAUGAACGCGAUUCGCUUCUUAAGAUCAUAGAGCGACAAAAUGGGGAGUUGGAACGACUAAAGCAGGAUUUGCAGACCUACCAGCAGCAACUUAAAGGCGCCAUAACAGCCAAGUGCGAGGCCAUUGCACGUGUGGAUGAGGUGCAAAGCAAGGAAGUCUCAUUGGACAUCAAGGAGCGUCGUUUGGAAAGCGAACGCGCCAUGCUACAAAAUGAGAUACAAUUGCUAAGCGUCGAUCUCAAUCGCAACAAUGCAGAGCUACAAAAUCUACGCCGCGAUCAUUCCGUCAAUAUCAUGUUGCUGGAAGUGCAGCUCAAGGAGAAGACCGAGGAGCUGCAAAUAAUGCAAAGCCAGAACACGCAGUACGCAAAAACCAUCGAAGAGCUGAAUAAGAAGAUUGAGGAGCAGAAUCAAGGUAUAUAUGAGCAUAAUAUGGCCACUGAAAAGUUUGUAGACACGCUCAAAAAAGAGCUCGACAGCAAAGAUAAACUGGUGGAGAUUUACAAAAAUACCGAACGCGAGAAUGUGAGCGAACGCAAUGAGCUGCUCAAGGGUAUUUCUGAGCUGAAGCGCAUGCUGACUGAAACUACAGAUCAGUAUGGCGAACUCGAGUCAGAAUAUCAGCUGGCCAAGCAACAACAGGCUGAGCAGUUGGAAGAGCAUAACAAAGCUAUUGAGCAUCUAAAGACAGAAAUUGGACAUGCCAACGAUUUGCUAAAGGAGGCGCAAGAGCAGAGUCUGGAAAGCGCCAUUUGCAAGCUAGCGCCAACAGCAGCGGUGGCCAAUCGUCUAAUGCGCUCAGACAUGUCGCUCACCGAGCUCUACUCGCUGUAUGCCAAGAAUGCCGAGCAACUGGAGGCCAAAACUCGUGAGAAUGCACAACUGAAGCUGCAAAUUAAAUCUAUACUGGAGGAGAUAAACGAGCGUGCGCCUGUGUUCAAAAAACAAGAUGCAGACUAUGCCACUCUGAGCAAGGCACACAAACAGCUGCUGCAGCAACGCGAUGAGUUGGUGGAGCAAAAACUUCAGCUGGAACAGCAACUUGAGCAGUCGAGCUUUGAAGCCACGCGUCACAUCAAGGAAAACAAAAAGCUGAAGCAAUCCCAGACAGAUCUAAGUCGCCAGGUGUGUCUGCUGCUGGAUGAAGUCAAUUGCUUGCGUGCGGGCGUGCCACGCAACAAGCAGCAAUCGCAGCCAAGUAUUAUAACUAACUCCAGCGAUGCUAUCAGCCGUGAUCUGGUCACCUUUGAGUCCAUCAGCGAGCUGCAGUCACAGAAUGUUAAAAUGCUGACAUUAAUACGCGAGCUCACCAGCGAGCUGGAGGCCAAUGAGGUUAAAAACGAUGCCAUGCAGCUGCAGGUGUUCGAGGAGAAGUUCGAGAAGGCUACACAGCGUCUAAAUGAAAUGGAGGAGCUGCUAACCCAGAAGAAUAAUACAAUAGGCACGCUUAUGGCCAAGUGUGAGCGCUAUAAAAAGUUUUACUUUGAAGCGCAAAAGAAACUGGGCUGCCAGACAAUGGAUCUGGACGACUCUGCCAAUCUGCAGCCUGAACCGGAGACGACUACAGCACCAAACAAUGAAGCUAUAGGCAAAUUGGAGCUACGCAUACAAAGCCUGGAGCAGGAGCUGUCUGCAGAAACGAAGAGGUACGCCGAGCUCAAGGAGAACUAUGAAUAUUAUACCAGCGAGAAGCGUAAGAAUGAUGCCUUGGUGCAGGAGCAGUUUGAUUCCAUGCGCACGGAGCUGCGUGAGCUAACCUCUGUCAAUUGCAAGCUGUUGAAUGCCAACGAGUUCCAAAAGGAGCAAAUGGAUCUGAUGCAAAAGAGUAUUGCUACCUACAAGCUGCAGAUUGCCACACUGGAGGAGCGCAACAAGAAUUAUGAAAAAACAAUCAUCAAGCAUGAGCAAACAGUGCAUAUGCUCAAGGAUGAGCUGAUGUCGGCGCAACGCAAGCAGGUGGCAUCGGAUACAGAGGCGCAUGGCUUGCGUCAUGAGAAUCGCAUGCUCAAGGACACCACCGCGCGUUUGCAGGCGGAGAAGGAGGGCUACUAUCGCGAGCAUCAAAGUCAGGCUUUGUUGCUAAAUAAUUUAGAAUUCAUCAAGGCCAAUCUGGAGCGCUCUGAAACGGAGGGACGUGCUCGCUUGGAGCAGCGCUUGGAUGAUACGGUGCGUGAAUUAAGCGCACAGCGUCGUCACUUCCAGGAGGAGGAAGAAAAGUUCCGUGAAACUCUCAACGAAUUUAAGCGUCAAACUGAAAGCGCACAAAAGUUAUGCGAGGAGGAACGUCAGCAGGCUGAGAAGUGGCAGGCGGAGCUGUUGGGUGUGCGUGAGGAGCUUGCCGCCAAGGUGGCGCAAGUGGCGGAGCUUAGCAAGAAACUGCAGGAGAGUCUCACUCCGUCUCAAUCCGAGAAUCCCAUUAGCGCUGCCAACAAAAAGGCGCGUGAAUUCGAGCUUAGGUACGAGCAGGCCAGCAUUGAGAUUGAAUCGCUGCGCAAGGAGCUCGCCAAGACGCGCGAACAUGGCGAUCAGUUCUAUAAAAUGUCACAGAGCGCGGAGAGUGAAAUUAAGCGUCUGCAUGAUAUGCACACUGAGCUGUUGUCCAAGGCCGAGGCGGAGCUCAAGCAAUUGAAGAGCUCCGAGGAGAAUUUGAAAACACGCGUCACCGAUUUGGAGGCUGAGCUUAUGCUUAACAACGUUACCGAGCAGAGCAAGAACACCAAUCAGUCGGAUCAGCUGAAAUUGGCACAAGAGGAGCUCAAGAGUGUGCUGGAGAAACUCACAGAGUCGGGACGCACCGUACGCAGCUUGCGCGCUGAGAACUCACAACUGGCCGAUUCGCUUAAUAGCGUUGAAAAGAAAUACGCCAAUGAGAUGGUUCUCCACUCGGCGGACAUACAAGAGCUCAGCAAGUUUAAGGCUGACUUCCAGAAGUUGCAAGAUGAGCUCAAUAAGCUUAGAAGUGGCCGUGAAUCUCUACAAGCUUCACAUGAUGAACUGCAGCGCGCCAAUGCCGAAGCGCAGAGUCUGCUACAGAAGGAGAAGGAUGAGUCAGAGCGACGCGUGGCGGAUCUUAAUGCGCUCAAUGCUAGCUUGCAUGAUCAGAUCGAAGCAUUGACCACCAAGUUGGCUGCAUUGGCGCAGUCAGCGCAUGAUCCGAAUGGUUCGCUGUUGCUCAGCGAGUCCGUGAGCGAGUCUGUGGCACAGCUGGACAGUUCCGCAUCUGUGGAUGAGCUGAGAAACAGCGAACAGCUGCUCAAGAUAAUAAAGUUCUUGCGCAAGGAAAAAGAUUUAUAUGCAGCCAAGUUGGAUAUACUCAAAGCGGAGAAUGCACGUCUCAUGUCCGAGCAUACGUUGCUGCAAAAGAAGGUGGACGAGCUGCAGGGCUAUCUGAAGCAGGAGCGUGCCAAGAGCGAAACGGAUGUGGUGUCUGCCUCCAAGCAUGAGCAAGUGCUGCGCAAGAUUGAGACUUUGAAUGCCAUAACCGACAGCAAUCGCAUAUUGCGUGAGGAGCGCAAUUCCUUGACCAAGCGUGUGGCUGAGUUAACGGAGCGCAUCAGCAGCGUUGAAAAGGAACUGUUCCCGCUGCAGUGCGGCAACAAGGAAUUGACAUCGAAAAUUGACGAGCUCAAUGUGGAGAAUAACUCGCUGCGCACUGAGGCCAUCAAGUGGCGUCAGCGCGCCAAUGCGCUGGUAGAGAAGAGCAAUCGUAAUCCAGAGGAAUUCAAGCGCUUGCAAACGGAGCGUGAACACCUGGCCAAGCUGCUCACCGCAGAGAAGGAUGCAAGCAAGAAGCAGCUUGAUGACCUGGCGUUGCUUAAGCAGCGUCUGGAUACUGAGCUGCCGGCACUGCAAAAGCAGCUGCAAUUGGUGGACGAAACACGCAAGAAGCAAACCGAGGAAUCCAACAGCUACAAGAUGCAGAGCACGCGCCAGUUGCAGGAAAUAAUGGAGCUAAGGAACCGCAUAAUGCAGAAGGAGGAGCAACUGACCAAGGCACAAGAGGAUCUGGAGAACAAAGACAAGACCAUACAGGACAAGGAGAGCAAGGAGCUAAUGCUGCGCAAGCUGGCCAAACGUUACAAGGACUACUACAUGGGACUGCAAGCGCAAGCUGGCGGCAGCGAUACUGUCGCCGAGUUGGAAAAGGUGCGCGGUGAACUGGAUGAGGUGCAGCAAUCGCUGCGCACCAGCAAGGAGCAGCAUGAGCAGCUGCAGCGCGAGCAUGAGGAGCUCAAAACACGCGCCGCCGUGGCACAAAGUUCAGUGGAGUCAAAGCAAAAGAUAGAGCAACUGCUGCAGGAGCUAACCGUAACCAAGACAGAGCUGGCGCAGCAGGAAAGCGCACAUGCCGGCACCAAGACCAACUAUGAGGAGACUGUGGUGCGUCUGGAGCGUGAGCUGCAGGAGCACAUUGCCAGCAACAAGGACAUCAAUACGCGUCUUAUGCGUGAGAACGAAUCCUUGCAUAUGCGCAUCAAUCAGCUGCAACGGCAGCUGGGCAAUCAGCAUCAGUCCACCAAACCCACGACCAGCUCUGUGGGCAUGGCCGAGAAGGGACAACUCUCGGACAGCUCGCCGCGCACAGCGAAUGUCAAGCCCAUGUCUGGAGCGGCCACACUGCAGCAAUCUGCCACGGUCACUCCCUGGCGUGGCGGCGAGACUCCGCUAGCCAGCAUACGUCCCAUCUCGGUGCAGAAUAGUCGCACCGCUGCCAUCUUGCCAAACAGUCAGCAACAAUCGCAGCAGCAACAGCCGCAGUCGCAAACCCAAUCCCAACAGCAGCAGCAACAGCAGUCAGGUGCCACUACCAGCAGCAGUUCCAGCUCUAGCUCCACUUCGGCAGCCGCGCCCACUGCCGCCGGCAGCAGCAGCUCCAGCACUUCAUCUUCUGCAGGCAACACCGCUCUGGUGCCGCCGCAGCAACAGGUGCAUACCACUGGCAGCACUGCCCUGGAGUCCAUGGCCUCCUCGUCGCCCACAUCAUCGCACACCGACUAUAUGCCCUCCACCAGCAGCGCAGCUGUAGCUGUCGCCGCCAUACCGCCCAUGGGCGCUUCGGCUGCCGCUGCGGAAAGCUCCCAAGAGGCAGAGAGUGUGCAGCAUCCGCAGCAGGCAGAUGCACAGCUGUUUGUAGGUGCCGCCAAGCAGCAAGUAGUAGUGUUGGUCUCACCACGCAUGGAGGGCUCUAGCUCAUCGACCACCUCAUCUUCUUCGAGUAGCACCACGACCACCACAACCUCAACACAACAGACCAGCGCUGUGGCCGCCAGUGUGCCCGAAGCCAGCAAUCAGCAGCAGCAGCCCAGCACAUCGGGCAGCAGCAGCAGCUCCACUGUGGUCAGCAGUCAUAGUCGUCAUACGCCCUCUAGCAGCAAUGUAACCACCACUCAGGCUGGCAGCUCUAAGCGUCCACGUGAUGUGGAGGGUGACUCCUCCACCUCCAAUGCGGAGGAGGGUGUGCCCGAGAAAAUAGUCAAGUUGAGCAAGCGUCUGCGUGCGCCCAUGAUGCAUGGCAGCGAGUUGAGCGGCGCACAUAUAGGCGACUCCGGCAUGGAUGUGGAUCAGCUGCCGACGUCAUCACAGCGUGAUCAAGAGGAUGAAAUACAAGUGGACUCGGAUGAGGAGGAAGAGGAGGAUGUGUUGGGACCCAUUGAUGGCGCCGAAGCUGAGCAGGAGGAAGGCUACGAGGACUCUUACGAGCAGGACAACGAUAUGGAUGAUAAUGAGGGUGCUGAAGCGCCCGAUCAGCAUAAUGAGGUGGAUAUUGAUCAGCUGUCGGUGCCAGCGCAAGCAGAGAGCUGUGAACUGCUAGGGGAUCCAUCUGAUUCGGUCUCUACGCAGGAGAAUAACCAAAGCCAGGCCAUUACCAGCGGCAGUGGCGACUCCAACACACCAGCACCGUUGCCCGAGGCCUCCAACUGGAAACAGUCACCGUCGACAUCAAGCGCGGCAGCGCGACGCAAUGAGAGCUCUGUGGAACUGGUCAGCUCACCGCAGGUGUCCAACUUUAGCGAGCAGCCCAGCUGCGUGGAAACUGCAGCGGAGGUUGCCGAGGCAGCUGCUGUAGUCGUUGAGGAUGAAAGUGCCGGCACUAGCACGGACUGCAAUGUGGCGGUUGCCAGCUCACCACAGAAACCAGCGAACGAAGCGGCAGAGCAGAGCAGCAGCAGCACUCAGGUCGCUGAGGAGAAACUGGACAAAAUAGAGACUACAAGUGCGGAUCAGCAGCUCAACGAGGCGGAUGAGGCCUUUGGGGAGGAAACUGUUACUGUGCAGCUAGAGGAUUCCCAACAGCUAAGCAAUGAGAAUCCCAAUGUGGGCACUAGUCAGUCCGAGGAGGCAGAUAAUCAAGAUAAUCAGCCUGAAGCCGGUGCCGCAGAGGAAAAUGAAGGUACCGAUGGCGUCUCCUCAGAAGGCGAGAAGCAGGCUGUUGAAGUGGAGCAGGAGGAAGGACGCGAAGCGGAGGCCACUUCACCCUCAGAGAAUACGCGUUUUCGCACGCUUCGCAACACGGUUCCCACACGCCGCAGCGGACGCUCCAUGAUUCGUGGCGGCAACAAUAACAACAACAAUAACUCGGGCAAUGCUAAUCGCCCCGCACGCAUUGUCUGGCAACGCGACAACUCUGGAAAUAUGCGCGGUGGUGGUCACAAUCAGGGCAUGAUGGAUCCGAACCAACCCAGCGGCUCGCCCAAUGGCAAUCGCAUGUUCGCUAACCGCUCACGUGGACGUCGUCCCAUGCGACGCCCCGGACCAAACAACUUUAACAGCGGCGGCGGUGGCUACUAAGCUCAUACCCAUUUUUUUUAAGUCUAGUUCCUAAGUUCUUGAUAAAAAAGAAAUACAAACGUAUCUUCAAUCUUACAAUGAUAAAAGUGAAAUAGAAGUUUAUUAAAAAACAAGAU